CGCGAUAUAAGGUUGUGUUUAGUAACUGUCGGUACAUCAUGUGAUUAACCUCGAAAGGGAGCCGUACGACUAGUGCAUUCUAAACCCGUACCCCUUUCAAUAUAAAUAGGUCUCUCCCCUCUAGAUAGAUAAUAAUCAUCCAUGAACAAAAUACAGAAAUACUACUAUGCAUAGCACAGUAUCACCGAAGUGAUACCAACAGUAACUUAACUGAAGAAGACAUCCGUUCUCAGCAUAUGCAUGUGAUGGUUUAUUUGCUAAGGGCAUGGCUAAGUCUCUAGCCUUGCGCGCUAAAACGCACCCGUAUAUAAGCGAUAAUUUUUCUCUUACCUGAAUUGCCUUUUUCAAUAUUAUUCGAUAUCUUUUAUCGAUCACAUAUAUUUCAAUAUCUUCGACAUUUUCCACCUGCCUACCAUUCCACAUCUUUCUCCUCAUGUCUGUAAUUCCUACACGUGUGAUGGUCAUUUCUGACACUCACGAGCACUCCCUCAAUGGAGCUAAUAUGCUAGACGUUGAUGUCCUCCACACUGGCGACUUAACCAAUUUUGGUGAAUUAAAUGCUUUGAGAGAUUCCAUCAAAAUGAUGGGAACGAUCACAGCAGAAUUAAAAUUGGUCAUUGCUGGAAACCAUGACAUAUCUCUUGACAAGCAAAGCAGAGUGGAGAAUAUGUCUGAUGACGGGUAUUUGUAGUACCAUCAUUCUGCGCUUGAAAUCAUGACGGGUCAAUCGGCGAAAGACGCAGGAGUUACCUAUCUCAAGGAAGGUACUCAUACAUUCACACUUAAGAAUGGUGCUGAAUUCACAGUAUAUGCCACACCGUACACGUGUGGGUCCAUGGGAUUCCAAUAUCAAAUAAACGAAGACCGAUUCAAUGACGCAACUCAAAUCGCUCCAGGCCAAACCUCGAUCGCCACCAAUCCUAUUCCUGCGGGAGUCGACAUUGUUAUGACCCACGGCCCUCCACAUAUGAUUCUUGACUAAGUCGACGGCGAAUAUAAAGGUUGCCGCAAUCUUCUCCGUGCUGUCGGCCGUGUGCGGCCACUUAUGCACUGCUUCGGACACAUUCACGAAGGAAGCGGUGAAAAUCUUGUAACUUGGAAACCUGGUGGGAGCGUUAAAGAUCCAUCAUCUGCCACGCCUAUGGAGACUGAACAAAUCAAUGAGUAUCCGUAUACAAACGAGUGGCCUACUCAAUCCGGAAAACAAACGCUGAUGGUCAACGCGGCAAUCAUGAUGAAUACGGCGAAGGGUAUGCGUCCAAACUAUAAGCCCUUCGUAGUAUCGCUUGAUUUGCCUCGCCAGCAUUAAUAAAUCUGUUGCUUUUACUUUUAUCUGUAAACUAGUUAUUUUACCGAGUUUUUAAAUUGGUAUUUGGCGGAUUUGGUGUUGGUGGAUAUGCGCUGUUGGAUUUGAACACUUAAUGGUAUAAUAACGAUUCCCAUUCUA